UGGACGAUAAGAAUUUGAUAGACUUUUCAGAUACUUGUCGCAGAAGAAGUAUUUUACAAUGGAAACAUACAUGGUUCUUUUUAAUACAUAUUUGACUUUACUUUGUGUGUACUUUUCUCAGGAACAAUGUAUAUUCACAGACAAGUGUGUUUCCGUUAUUGAUAAAGGGAGAUACUACAGAGGAAAAGUUUCACAGACAAACAAAGCAGAAACAUGUCUUGACUGGAACAGCCAUGAUUAUGACGUCACUCCAAAACAAUACCCGGAUGAAGGUUUAGAGAAAAAUUACUGUAGAAAUCCCCUAGGUAGCGGCACCAAACCGUGGUGUUAUACAAAACGGAACCACACAUCUGACGACUACUGGGGGUAUUGCAACAUUCCAACUUGUGAUCCAUGCUACUUCAGAGGAAUACAGUUUAAGCAAGAGGACGCCUUUCAUGAUGGUUGUUCCCAAUGUAUCUGUUUAGCGGACGGGUUUCACUGUUAUCGUUGUCGAGAUGACCCUCCUCCGGCCAACGGGACAGACCUUGCUUGUUACAUCAAAGAAAAUCCAAAAGCUAAAUACCCAGCCUGCUGUAAAAGAACGGUCUGUCAUGGCAGGGAUGCAGACUUUAACUUUGAAGAAUUCACAAAGUUCCUCAAGGAAAAACUACACAUUUAA